GAUUCCACUGAUGCAAGAGGGCGGCCCAGUCAACAACUGAACAGACGGCCCGGUCACCUCCAGCUGGUACAAACCGAGCGUCGUCAUCGGGCAGCCUAGCAUUGAACACCGUGCGGCUCCAAGCUGUGUGACUUCAGACAAGUCACUCCACCUCUCUGGAUGUUGGAUUCUCACCUGUGAAAUGGAAUUAAGAAUCAUACUUCUCAGAAGAUUUUCUGAAUGGUCUUGCUUCUUUUUCUAUCUUGCCUGGUUUUCUCUUGCCUGACCUUUUCCUGGUUGAAAAUCUGGCGGAAAAUGACGGACUCUGAGCCGGUCGCUGUGAGUCAAUCGGAGGCGGGUGCCAUCCGGAGUCAGCAGCCCUUUCCAGACUCGGACAGCUCAGAGAAGCCACCGCAAGAACACGGUGGCGAUGGCGGCGUCUCCCUGCCAAAGACUCCCCAGGAGGCAGAGCCAGCCUCCCGCCCACGUCCCAAAGGCUCGGGUCGGCGGAGAAGCUCCCUGCCACCCUCGCGCCAGAAGCCCCCAAGAGACCCCCUUUCUUCCAACCAUGUGUCACCCUCCCCAGAACUGCAAGCCAAUGGGACGGGGAGUGAGGACCCCGAGGCCCCGGACACCGACGGCCUGUCCUCCCCGGUCCAGCCCCAGGGCCAGCGGGCGAGGUCCCCCUCCAAGGAGGACAAGAAGCAGGCAAACAUCAAGAAACAGCUGAUGACCAACUUCAUCCUGGGCUCCUUUGACGAAUGCUCCGACGACGAGGACCCCGGCGCCGGCUUGUUCCGUGAGUCUUCCCGGAAGGGCAGCCGGGCCAGCCUGGGGACCCUGACCCCAGAGGUGCUUCUGGCGACAGGUGAACCCGAGACCCUGGUCCCCAAAAUGAGGCCGAGCAUGUCUGGUCUCCACCUGGUGAAGAGGGGCCGGGAACACAAGAAGCUGGAUCUGCACAGGGACUUCACGGUGGCUUCCCCGGCCGAGUUUGUCACACGCUUCGGAGGGGAUCGGGUCAUUGAGAAGGUGCUCAUCGCCAACAACGGCAUCGCCGCCGUGAAGUGCAUGCGAUCCAUCCGCAGGUGGGCCUACGAGAUGUUCCGCAAUGAGCGGGCCAUCCGGUUUGUCGUCAUGGUGACCCCCGAGGACCUCAAGGCCAAUGCAGAGUACAUCAAGAUGGCAGAUCAGUACGUCCCUGUCCCGGGAGGGCCGAACAACAACAACUACGCCAACGUGGAGCUGAUCGUGGACAUCGCCAAGAGAAUCCCCGUGCAGGCGGUGUGGGCUGGCUGGGGCCAUGCUUCUGAAAACCCCAAACUCCCGGAGCUGCUGUGCAAGCAUGGAAUCGCCUUCCUAGGCCCUCCCAGUGAGGCCAUGUGGGCCUUGGGAGACAAGAUCGCCUGCACCAUCGUGGCCCAGACGCUGCAGGUCCCCACGCUGCCCUGGAGUGGAAGCGGUCUGACGGUGGCGUGGACAGAGGACGAUUUGCAGCAGGGGAAAAUAAUCACUGUCCCUGAAGACGUCUAUGAAAAGGGUUGCGUGAAAGAUGUCGAUGAGGGCUUGGAGGCGGCGGAAAGAAUUGGUUUCCCCUUGAUGAUCAAAGCGUCUGAAGGCGGCGGAGGGAAGGGCAUCCGGAAGGCUGAGAGCGCAGAGGACUUCCCGAUCCUUUUCAGACAGGUGCAGAGUGAGAUCCCAGGCUCACCGAUCUUUCUGAUGAAGCUGGCCCAGCACGCCCGUCACCUGGAGGUCCAGAUCCUCGCUGACCAGUACGGGAACGCUGUGUCUCUGUUCGGGCGAGACUGCUCCAUCCAGCGGCGGCAUCAGAAGAUCAUCGAGGAGGCACCGGCCACCAUUGCCCCUCUGGCCGUGUUUGAGUUCAUGGAGCAGUGUGCUGUCCGCCUGGCCAAGACCGUGGGCUACGUGAGCGCGGGGACGGUUGAAUACCUCUACAGCCAGGACGGCAGCUUCCACUUCCUGGAGCUGAACCCUCGCCUGCAGGUGGAACACCCUUGCACGGAAAUGAUCGCAGACGUCAACCUGCCGGCCGCCCAGCUGCAGAUCGCCAUGGGGGUGCCGCUGCACCGGCUGAAGGAUAUCCGGCUCCUGUACGGAGAGUCACCGUGGGCGGUGACACCCAUCUCCUUCGAAGCCCCUUCAAGUCCCCCCCUCGCCCGCGGCCACGUCAUUGCGGCCAGAAUCACCAGUGAAAACCCGGAUGAGGGGUUUAAGCCGAGCUCAGGGACGGUCCAGGAAUUAAAUUUCCGCAGCAACAAGAACGUGUGGGGUUACUUCAGCGUGGCUGCCGCCGGAGGCUUGCACGAGUUCGCCGAUUCCCAGUUUGGCCACUGCUUCUCCUGGGGAGAGAACCGGGAAGAGGCCAUUUCGAACAUGGUGGUGGCUUUGAAGGAGCUGUCCAUCCGGGGCGACUUCAGGACCACCGUGGAAUAUCUCAUCAACCUCCUGGAGACCGAGAGUUUCCAGAACAACGACAUCGACACUGGCUGGUUGGACCACCUCAUCGCCGAAAAAGUGCAGGCCGAGAAGCCGGACAUCAUGCUCGGGGUGGUGUGCGGGGCCUUGAACGUGGCCGACGCGAUGUUCAGAACCUGCAUGACGGAUUUCCUGCACUCCCUGGAGAGGGGCCAGGUCCUCCCAGCAGACUCGCUGCUGAACAUCGUGGACGUGCAGCUCAUCUACGGAGGCGUCAAGUACAUCCUCAAGGUGGCCCGGCAGUCUCUGACCAUGUUUGUGCUCAUCAUGAACGGCUGCCACAUCGAGAUCGACGCCCACCGGCUGAACGAUGGCGGGCUGCUGCUGUCCUACAACGGGAACAGCUACACCACCUACAUGAAGGAAGAGGUCGACAGUUACCGAAUUACCAUCGGCAACAAGACUUGUGUGUUUGAGAAGGAGAACGAUCCCACGGUCCUGAGAUCCCCGUCGGCCGGGAAGCUGACGCAGUACACGGUGGAGGACGGGGGCCACGUGGAGGCCGGGAGCAGCUACGCAGAGAUGGAGGUGAUGAAGAUGAUCAUGACGCUGAACGUGCAGGAGAGCGGCCGGGUGAAGUACGUUAAGCGUCCGGGAGUUGUGCUGGAAGCGGGCUGCGUGGUGGCCAGGCUGGAGCUCGAUGACCCUUCUAAAGUGCACCCGGCUGAGCUGUUCACGGGACAGCUUCUGUCCCAGCAGACGCUGCCCAUCCUCGGAGAGAAACUGCACCAGGUCUUCCACACCGUCCUGGAAAACCUCACCAACGUCAUGAGUGGCUACUGUCUGCCCGAGCCUAUUUUUAGCAUAAAGCUGAAGGAAUGGGUGCAGAAGCUCAUGACAACCCUCCGGCACCCGUCGCUGCCCCUGCUGGAGCUGCAGGACAUCAUGACCAGCGUGUCCGGCCGAAUCCCCGCCCCCGUGGAGAAGGCGGUCCACCGCGUGAUGGCCCAGUAUGCCAGCAACAUCACCUCGGUGCUGUGCCAGUUCCCCAGCCAGCAGAUAGCGACCGUCCUGGACUGUCACGCGGCCACCCUGCAGCGGAAGGCUGACCGGGAGGUCUUCUUCAUGAACACUCAGAGCAUCGUGCAGCUGGUCCAGAGAUACCGCAGUGGGACCCGCGGCUAUAUGAAAACAGUGGUGUUGGAUCUGCUGCGAAGAUAUUUGCACGUCGAGCACCAUUUCCAACAAGCCCACUACGACAAGUGUGUGAUAAACCUCCGGGAGAAGUUCAAGCCAGACAUGUCGCAGGUGCUGGACUGCAUCUUCUCCCACUCGCAGGUGGCCAAGAAGAACCAGCUGGUGAUCAUGCUGAUUGAUGAGCUCUGUGGCCCAGACCCUUCCCUGUCCGACGAGCUGACCUCCAUCCUCAACGAGCUCACUCAGCUGAGCAAGAGCGAGCAUUGCAAAGUGGCCCUCCGGGCCAGACAGGUCCUGAUUGCCUCCCACCUCCCCUCCUACGAGCUGCGCCACAACCAGGUGGAGUCCAUCUUCCUGUCCGCCAUCGACAUGUACGGCCACCAGUUCUGCCCGGAGAACCUCAAGAAAUUAAUACUUUCAGAAACGACCAUCUUUGACGUCCUGCCUUCGUUCUUCUAUCACGCUAACAAAGUCGUGUGCAUGGCGUCCUUGGAGGUCUACGUGCGUAGGGGCUACAUCGCCUACGAGCUGAACAGCCUGCAGCACCGGCAGCUCCCGGACGGCACCUGCGUGGUGGAGUUCCAGUUCAUGCUGCCCUCUUCCCACCCAAACCGGAUGGCCAUGCCCAUCAGCAUCAGCAACCCCGACCUGCUGCGGCACAGCACGGAGCUCUUCAUGGACAGCGGGUUUUCGCCCCUGUGCCAGCGCAUGGGGGCCAUGGUGGCCUUCAGGAGAUUCGAGGACUUCACCAGGAACUUUGACGAGGUCAUCUCCUGCUUUGCCAACGUGCCCAGAGACGCCCCCCUCUUCAGCAAGGCCCGCGCCUCCCUGUAUUCCGAGGAGGACUGCAAGAGCCUCCGGGAAGAGCCCAUCCACAUCCUGAACGUGGCCAUCCAGUGUGCAGACCAUCUGGAGGACGAGGCGCUGGUGCUCAUCUUGCGGACGUUCGUACAGUCCAAGAAAAAUAUCCUUGUGGAUUAUGGACUCCGAAGAAUCACGUUCCUGAUUGCCCAAGAGAAAGAAUUUCCCAAGUUUUUCACAUUCAGAGCAAGAGAUGAGUUUGCAGAAGACCGCAUCUACCGUCACUUGGAGCCUGCCCUGGCCUUCCAGCUAGAGCUCAGCCGGAUGCGCAACUUCGACCUGACGGCCGUGCCCUGCGCCAACCACAAGAUGCACCUUUACCUGGGUGCUGCCAGGGUCAAGGAAGGGGUGGAAGUGACAGACCACCGGUUCUUCGUCCGGGCCAUCAUCAGGCACUCCGACCUGAUUACAAAGGAGGCCUCCUUCGAGUACCUGCAGAACGAGGGGGAGCGGCUGCUCCUGGAGGCCAUGGACGAGCUGGAGGUGGCCUUCAACAACACCAGCGUGCGCACCGACUGCAACCACAUCUUCCUCAACUUCGUGCCCACCGUCAUCAUGGACCCCUCCAAGAUCGAGGAGUCCGUGCGCUCCAUGGUCAUGCGCUACGGCAGCCGGCUGUGGAAACUCCGAGUGCUGCAGGCCGAGGUCAAGAUCAACAUCCGCCAGAGCACCACCGGCAGCGCCAUUCCCAUCCGCCUGUUCAUCACCAAUGAGUCGGGCUACUACCUGGACAUCAGCAUCUACGAAGAAGUGACCGACCCCAGAUCCGGAAAUAUCAUGUUUCAUUCCUUUGGCAACAAACAAGGGCCCCAGCACGGGAUGCUGAUCAAUACUGCCUACGUCACCAAGGACCUGCUGCAGGCCAAGCGAUUCCAGGCCCAGUCCCUGGGGACCACCUACAUCUAUGACUUCCCGGAAAUGUUCAGGCAGGCUCUCUUUAAACUGUGGGGCUCCCCAGACAAGUACCCCAAAGACAUCCUGGUGUACACCGAGUUAGUGCUGGACCCCCAGGGCCAGCUGGUGGAGAUGAACCGGCUUCCUGGCGGAAACGAGGUAGGCAUGGUGGCCUUCAAAAUGAGGCUAAAGACCCAGGAGUAUCCAGAAGGGCGGGACGUGAUUGUCAUCGGCAACGACAUCACCUUCCGCAUCGGGUCCUUUGGCCCAGGGGAGGACCUUCUGUACCUGCGGGCAUCCGAGAUGGCCCGGGCAGAGGGCAUCCCCCAAAUCUACGUGGCGGCCAACAGCGGGGCCCGCAUCGGCAUGGCGGAGGAGAUCAAGCACAUGUUCCAGGUGGCUUGGGUGGACCCAGAAGACCCCCAGAAAGGAUUUAAGUACCUGUACUUGAGCCCGCAAGACUACACCAGAAUCAGCUCCCUGAACUCCGUCCACUGUAAACACAUUGAGGAAGGAGGAGAAUCCAGAUACGUCAUCACGGAUGUCAUUGGGAAGGACGAUGGCUUGGGCGUGGAGAAUCUCAGGGGCUCGGGCACAAUCGCCGGGGAGUCCUCCCUGGCUUACGAAGAGGUCGUCACCAUUAGCUUGGUGACCUGCCGAGCGAUUGGGAUCGGGGCCUACUUGGUGAGGCUGGGCCAGCGAGUGAUCCAGGUGGAGAACUCCCACAUCAUCCUCACGGGGGCAGGUGCUCUCAACAAGGUCCUGGGAAGAGAGGUCUACACAUCCAACAACCAGCUGGGGGGCGUGCAGAUCAUGCAUUAUAACGGCGUGUCCCACAUCACCGUGCCGGAUGACUUUGAGGGGGUCUAUACUAUCCUGGAGUGGCUGUCUUAUAUGCCAAAGGAUAAUCACAGCCCAGUCCCUGUCAUCACACCUACUGACCCCAUUGACAGAGAAAUUGAAUUCCUCCCAUCCAGAGCGCCCUAUGACCCCCGGUGGAUGCUUGCAGGAAGGCCUCACCCAACUCUGAAGGGGGCCUGGCAGAGCGGAUUCUUCGACCAGGGCAGCUUCAAGGAAAUCAUGGCACCCUGGGCCCAGACCGUGGUGACAGGACGAGCGAGGCUGGGUGGGAUCCCCGUCGGAGUGAUCGCCGUAGAGACGCGUUCCGUGGAGUUGGUGGUCCCGGCGGACCCCGCCAACCUGGAUUCCGAGGUCAAGGUGAUCCAGCAGGCGGGCCAAGUGUGGUUCCCAGACUCGGCCUACAAGACGGCCCAGGCCAUCGAGGACUUCAGCAGGGAGAAGCUGCCCCUUCUGAUCUUCGCCAACUGGAGGGGGUUCUCGGGGGGCAUGAAAGACAUGUACGACCAGGUGCUGAAGUUCGGAGCCUACAUAGUGGACGGCCUCAGGAAGUACAAGCAGCCUGUCCUGAUCUACAUCCCCCCCUACGCAGAGCUCCGGGGGGGCUCCUGGGUGGUCAUAGACGCCACCAUCAACCCCCUGUGUAUAGAGAUGUACGCAGACAAGGAGAGCAGGGGGGGUGUUCUGGAGCCAGAGGGAACGGUGGAGAUUAAGUUCCGAAAGAAAGAUCUGAUAAAGUCCAUGCGAAGGCUCGACCCAGCUUACAAGAAGCUGAUGGAACAGCUAGGGGCGCCCGAGCUGUCGGACGCGGAGCGCAAGGAGCUGGAGGGCCGGCUGCGGGCGCGCGAGGACCUGCUGCUCCCCAUCUACCACCAGGUGGCGGUGCAGUUCGCCGACCUCCACGACACGCCCGGCAGGAUGCUGGAGAAGGGCGUCAUCUCCGACGUGCUGGAGUGGAAGACGGCGCGCACCUUCCUGUACUGGCGCCUGCGCCGCCUCCUCCUGGAGGACCAGGUCCGGCAGGAGAUCCUGCAGGCCAGCGGCCCGCUCAGCCACGUGCACAUCCAGUCCAUGCUGCGCCGCUGGUUCGUGGAGUCGGAGGGCGCCGUCAAGGCCUACCUGUGGGACAAUAACCAGGUGGUCGUGCAAUGGCUGGAGCAGCACUGGCAGGCGGAGGAUGGCCUGCACUCCACCAUCCGCGAGAACAUCAAGUGCCUGAAACACGACUUCGUCCUUAAGACCAUCGAAGACCUGGUGCAAGAAAACCCUGAGGUCGCCAUGGACUGCGUGGUGUAUCUGAGCCAGCACAUCAGCCCAGCCGAGCGGGCCCAGGUCGUUCACCUGCUGUCUAACCUGGAGAGCCCGGCCUCCAGCUGACCCUGUGACCCUGGCCACCCAGCCAUGCCCAGGACCACGGGCGCAAGAAACCACGCUGACUUGCACACCCUCUCGGGGGUGGGGGAGUGAGGUGUUGCUUAUUUAAAAAAAAAAAAAAAAAAGUCCUGGGCAUUUCUGCAGGGCUGCUGGUCCCAGCUGACUCCUGUCUCAGCAGAAGCCCAGGGGUGCCCCUUCCAAGCAGAAAUAGCCUCCUCUCCAUAGCUGGCAAGUUUGUUCUGUCUCUUAAGACAACAUUUUUGCUGCAUCAACUGAAACUAAUUGAACCAAAGCAUCCAUUUCCUUUCACUUUUUGGUGCCCAGGAUCCAGGUAUUCUUGAUAUCGGAUAACAGAAUCUUUUAUUUUUGUACUCGAAGACCAGCACUUGAUGUAAGCAUCUCGUCUAUUUCAGCCAAAUGAAUGGGCCACAGAAAAAUAACAUAUAGACAAGACUAGAGAGAAAAUCUAUUUUUGUAAUGAUGCUUCUUUGGAUACUGUCUAGUCGCCCAGGAAAGGGUAUGAAUGAUUUUUUUAUUAAGAGAAUAAAAUGGCAUUUGUUCCCCAAAGUGGCCCUAGUGAAUGAACCACUAGGAAUGUCGCGUUGGUGGGCUGUGCCGAGCACGCUCAGUAGCGGAGAUUCUCUUUUCGAGAGAGCCAGUGCAGAAUGAAUGCGAUGCCUGACUACAGUUUCCAGGGCCUUUGGAGGAGUCUUUUAUGUGGCCCAGGGUCCUCUGCCUGCCUCUGCCCCCCAAGGAGAACAAGGACCACCCCCUCCCACUGCAGGAUCGGUCACCCUCCCUGGGCUUGCACCCCCUGCCCAAGUACAGAGGGGGAGGGGAAGCCCUCCACUGGACCCACGGCCCAACUCGCGCACAAGUGUCACCGUUGUGAUCGUCACUGCCACGCCCUUGAAUUGCUGUUGCUUCCUCCCCUGUCGGCUUGAUGUCCAUGGUGGGCCCCAGCUGCUGGUGACCAAGGACCAGACUGUGAUGACCACGCCAGUCUGCUCAGGGAGGGCUCUGCGAUGCGACCUCUGGCACCUGCCUCUGAAGCCCUGCACAGCCUCAGGGCCUGCAUCCUCGGGUCCCUCCCACCUGGGCUGGAGUUGCGGACCAGGGGACUUGGCCCCAACCUGCUGCCAUGGUGGGAGGUCUGGCUGAGGUCGCGGAAUGUUACGCCUGGCCAACGUGGAAGCCCACGAGGUUGCCCAGGGAAGCCUCUGCAAGCUGGGAUGCUUGAGGAUGUCCAGGUUUAAAUAAAAAAAAAAAAAAGUCCAGCCAU